CGCCGCGCGAGACGGCGGGAGGUGGCUGCGCCGGCGCGUCCCUGCGGGUUCGGCUUCUGGAGUUGGCGACCUCCCCCCCCACCAAGCCCCCGCGGUUCUGAGGGGGCGAGUCAGGCCCCGGCCCGAGGAGGAACUUUCUGUAGGUCCAGACGUGGGAGGAUGAAGGUUGUCACGUGUGAAAUAGCCUGGCACAACAAGGAGCCUGUGUAUAGCCUGGACUUCCAGCACACCGCGAACGGGAAGAUCCACAGGCUGGCAUCGGCCGGGGUGGACACCGCCGUCAGAAUUUGGAAGGUAGAAAAAGGACCAGAUGGAAAAGCCAUUGUGGAAUUUUUGUCCAAUCUUGCCCGUCACACCAAAGCUGUUAAUGUUGUGCGUUUUUCUCCAACUGGGGGAAUUUUGGCAUCAGGAGGAGAUGAUGCUGUCAUCCUGCUGUGGAAGGUGAACGACAACAAGGAGCCGGAACAGAUGGCUUUUCAGGAUGAGGACGAGGCUCAGCUGAAUAAGGAGAACUGGACUGUGGUGAAGACCCUGAGGGGCCACUUGGAGGACGUGUACGACAUCUGCUGGGCAGCGCAUGGGAACUUGAUGGCCUCGGCCUCAGUGGACAACACAGCCAUCAUAUGGGAUGUCAGUAAAGGACAAAAGGUUUCCAUUUUUAAUGAGCACAAAAGUUACGUGCAAGGAGUGACCUGGGAUCCUUUGGGUCAGUAUAUCGCCACGCUGAGUUGUGACAGGGUACUGCGCGUGUACAGCACGCAGAAGAAACGGGUGGCUUUUAAUGUGUCGAAGAUGCUCUCCGGAAUCGGGGCCGAAGGAGAGGCGAGAAGUUACCGGAUGUUUCACGAUGACAGCAUGAAAUCCUUCUUCCGGAGACUCAGUUUCACCCCUGAUGGGUCUUUGCUCCUCACGCCAGCUGGAUGUGUGGAAUCUGGCGAGAAUGUCAUGAACACAACGUACGUUUUCUCCAGGAAAAACCUUAAAAGGCCUGUGGCCCAUCUUCCCUGCCCCGGAAAGGCCACGCUGGCUGUUCGCUGCUGUCCAGUCUACUUUGAGUUAAGGCCGGCCGUGGAAACAGAGCCAGCGCAGGCGCCGAGCGCGCAGCUGCUGCGGCUGCCCUACCGCGUGGUGUUCGCCGUGGCCUCCGAGGACUCGGUGCUGCUCUACGACACCCAGCAGCCGUUCCCCUUCGGCUACGUGUCCAACAUCCACUACCACACGCUGAGCGACAUCUCCUGGUCCAGCGAUGGAACCUUCCUGGCCAUUUCUUCUACGGAUGGUUAUUGCUCGUUUGUGACAUUCGAGAAAGAUGAACUUGGCAUACCCCUGAAAGAGAAGCCCGUGCUGACCGUGAGGACCCCGGAUACAGCGAAGAAAACCAAGAGCCCGCUGCAGCAGGGGGCUUCCCCGGGGUCCGGACCCGCCGAGGGAGGCGUGGCCGGCAGAGCCCAGGACCCCAGCAGCCCCGGGACGUCGCCCCCGCCCGCCGCCAAGGACACGCCGCCAGACACACCGUCCCUGACACCCGGCGUCAAAAACCCCUUGCCGGGGCCUUCCGAGGAGAAGGUCCUGCAGCCCAGCAGUCAGAUCCCCAGAGCGCCCCCGUCGCGGAGGGUCACGCUGAACACCCUGCAGGCCUGGAGCAAGCCGCCCUCACGGAGAAUAAAUUUAACACCCGUAAAGACAGAGACUCCACCAAAUUCUCUACCAAGCGGCCUAAUGUCCACCUCUUCCACAGAAGAAAUGGCAUCAGAGCUGCCUGCAGCCCCGCAGGGCAGCCCUCCAGAACUGAAACGGCCCAGACUGGAGGAAGACAAGGGAGACCGCCAAAGCCCAGGCCCGUGAUGGGACCCGGAUUCCGCCUGCGGCCCGGUGGGGCCGGCACACACCAAGUGUACCGAGUGUGCCGGGAGGGAGCGGGAAGCCCAGACGCACCGGAGGGGAACGCGGCUACCCAGAAAUGGAUUUGCGAUAGCGAGAAACACAUGCACUGGUUUCCCCCCAGAAGUAUGCACGUUCUUGGACUCCGUCGUUUAUUUUCAACUGGAGAACGUGGAUAGCAUAACAGACUAAAUCCCCCCUCUGAUGCGUCUGUGAAACCACAGCAGCCCAGCGUUAUCUAGUGUGGAAAUCAGUAAUCCUCCUGGAAACACUCGUGGAAGUGCGGACUUCCUGGAGGGAAGGGGGAGACUGUACUGCUGGGUUUAAAGCGAUGGUUAGAGUGAGCUUCUGACUAGCUGAUUAAACUUGGAAAGCUGUGUCUGUUCUUGUUUGCUCGGGUGUGAGGUAGCAAUGCCC